UACUCAUACAUAAUUUAAUCACUUCACCUCAUUUCCCACCCGGCAUCCAUCCCGUACCCCAAUGCGCUUACCACGCCUGCUCUCCGUAACUUUCUCCCUCUCAGCUCUCCUUACAACAGCUACAGCGACAAUCACAGACCUAGAUGAUGACUUUCAACUCCGGGAGCUCACAGAGGACAAUUUCAAGAGCAGUGUCUCUCAAGGAGUAUGGCUGGUUGAGCACUUUUCCCCCAAAUGCGCACAUUGUAGAGCAUUCGCCCCAACUUGGACACAGUUAGCUAGGGAUAAACGGCAUCUGGAGCGUCUAACGGGCUUUCAUAUGGCCCAAAUCAACUGUCUUGCUCAGGGCGAUCUGUGCAACAGUAAUGGUAUCAAGUUCUACCCGCAGAUUAUAAUGUACACCGACGGCAAGCCUUCUCCGCAUUACACGGGCGAUCGUUCUUACGAGGAGCUUUCGAAAUACAUUGACGAGCACGCGCAUACAUAUGCCGAAACAAUCCUGGACCCCGCCGUUCAGUCGCAGGAAGCCUUGGUCAUCGGCCCAGCCAAUUCAGAGGGCAAAGUACAAGAGGUGGAUGAACGAGGUUUAGAAGCGUUGAAGGCAGAAGGACCUGUCCUCGUAGAGUAUUUUGCUCCGUGGUGUGGGCAUUGUAAAGCUUUGAGACCGACAUACGAGCAAUUGGCGCUGGAGCUACAAGGACAAUUAAACGUCGCGGCCGUAAAUUGCGAUGAUCAUCGUGCUUUAUGUGUCAAUUCUGGCAUCAAGGCUUACCCUACUAUCCGACUGCUGCAUCAUGGCACGUCCGCGGAAUACUCUGGAGCUAGAUCACUCGCGAAGCUCAAGGAAUUUUCUCAAAGGGCUGAGAAGCCGGCCAGCUUGACGAGUAUCAAGGCAGGCGAUUUCGAUAAGAUUGUCAGCGCCAAUGAGGCAUUUUUUUUAUAUCUUCAGACUUUUGACACAACCGUAGCCGAAGUCGACUCUGUAAAGAAAGCUUUUGAGCCUUUACUUGGUACCGUUCCCGCCUACACUUCCGCCGACGUUGCCUUAUACCAGCGACUCCAUGUCGUCAAUCCACCUACAUCUACCCUCUUUGCGUUUUCAUCAUACUCAACUCGACCAGUCGGUACUAUGGGUCUUCCAGCCUCCCCCAACGACCUGCGCAAAUUCAUCAACCUCCAUCGAUUCCCUACCCUCGUCCGGUUGGACGCCUCAAACUUUCAAAGUUUGAUGCGGAGCGAUACUCGGGCGAUUGUGGUGCUUGCCGGUGUUCACAAAGGGGAAGAAGGGAAGAAGGAAAGGGAUAAGUUUGCUGAUGUUGCAAGGGCUUGGAAGAGGGGCGGAAGGAGGUUUGAGCAGCCUGUGUGGUUUGUAUGGGUUGAGGGGGAGACCAGUAGAUGGGCCAAUUGGUUGAAGAGGUUCUAUGGGAUCAAGAAGAGAGACCUUCCCGGCGUCGUCGUAAUUGAUACUCCUCUUGAGGAAUACUAUGACACAACUAUCGAAGGCACCAAGAUUGAGUUUGAGGGAUCUAGUAUCUUUUCGGUGCUCGAAGGAUUUUACCAGCAUUUCCUCCGACCAAAAAGGAUUGAAUCGACUCUUGAAUGGGGUUCCAGGAGCGCGUCAGAGACGUUGAUCAGUGUCGGGGAAAGUGCUGUCGAACACCCUUUCUUGUUCCUUACAGUCCUGGUAGGAACUGUUGCUCUGUUUGUUUAUCUGCUGCAAAAGUGCCUGGUGAAAGAUCCGAAAGAUGGGUACUCGCCAUCGAGGCUUGAUUGAUAGUUGUCGAGUGAAAAUCAUGUUACUGUGGUCAAGAGUACCGUCAAUGAUCAUUUGUCUUCUUGUCGUUAGAUAGCCUUUUAUACUCAAGUAUAGUGUAUACCCUGCAUAUUAUCCGUGAUGAUACCU